AUGACUGUCGAUAUUCAGCACUGGACGAUAGAGAAGCCUUGGCUUGAGACACACUGCCUCCUCGGUGAGGGGCCGUUCUAUGAGGAGCAGACGGGCACGCUGCGCUUUGUCGAUAUACGAAAGAAACAGCUACAUUACUUGAAUGUGGCCGAGGGUCCAUCCUCGCUUAGGACAACACAGCUGGAUGUCUGUCCCACAGUCACGGCCAACAUUGCUGGAGUAGAUCCGCAGGACCGCAUCGCCUUGGGCCUCAAGUACGGGCUUGCAGUGCUGGACGUCAAGAAGGGGACUUGGGAACUCAUUCAACCAUUCAACGAGCCCAACAACGAACGCCUGCGGAGCAAUGAUGGCGGCGUGGAUCCUCAUGGACGGUUCUGGAUUGGGACCAUGACAGAUUUUGGGCUGGGACCCUUUCAAGUCGAGGGAGCGCUGUAUCGGAUGGACGCCAAGUCAAAGGAGGUGAUGGUUCCGGACCUGACGAUUCCCAACACGCCUGGUUGGUCUCCUGACAACCGAACGCUGUAUUUUACCCACUCGAACGCGAGGCAGAUCUUUGCCUUUGACUAUGACCUUGAGGCGGGGACGGUGUCGAACAAGCGCCUGUUCUACGAGCACGACGGGCCAGGCGAGCCAGACGGGUUCCGAGUGGACGUGGAUGGAUUCCUCUGGCAGGCGGUGUAUGGAGAGGGUCGCGUGUUGAGGAUCGACCCAACCGGCAAGGUGGUAGGCGAGGUGCGGGUGCCGACAAGGAACACGACGUGCGUGCAGUUCGUGGGAACUGAGCUGGUGAUCACGUCGGCGGCGGACGAGGACGGUGAAGGGACGAGCCGAGAGUAUGGGGGGGCAGUGUUCAAAGUGGACGUUGGGAUCCGGGGGAUUCGACUGAACGAGUUUAAGCUGUAG